AUGAGUGCGUUUCGAGACUUUCUGAACAUCACCAGAUCGAAGAUGAUUUCUUUGGGCGAUCCGGUGGCUUCGAACGCCGUGUUGAGCGCGCUGCAGGUGAGCGGAGACGAUCGAAUAAUAUCCAUCAAGGAAGGUUCCAACGCGGAUUCGAACUUCGUCAUCACGCAUCUGAUCAAGCAGAUCGUGCACGAGAAGAACCGGCUGUGCUUGGUGAAUUUCCACAACACCAUCGACCACUACCAGACCAUCGGCAAGAAGCUGGGCUACGAUUUGUUGAAAGGCGUGGAAGACGAUUCGAUUAGGAUGCUGCAACCCAUCAAGGAAUUGGUGGAUAACAUCGAACAGGAAGAUAAAUACUUGCAGGAGAACACGGAGAAUAUCGUGAAGCAGUUGUACGCGGAUAUAAGGGAUUGUUUGAGGUGCUUGAAGGGCGAUAACAAGCUGGUUUAUUUGAUCGUGGACGAUUUAAGUCACCUGCACGAUUUGGGAGUGGAUGUUAAAGAUACGUUGUCGUUUACGCAUUAUUGCAUGAACCUCACGGAUAAUAAUGAUAUAACGGUUGUGUUUAAUAACCACGUUUCGACUAAAACUGACGAGAUUUUAUCGAAUAAUCUGCAGUAUGUGGCUGAUGUACACGUCGAAGUGGCCGCUUUGAAAACGGGCUCGUCGCGCGAUAUUACCGGAUUGCUGACGAUACGAAGGAAAUCUGCAGUCAAUCAUUAUCAUUAUAAAGCUUACGAUAGGGGCAUUAAAACGUUCCAUCCGGGAGAAUCUAUCUACCAUUUGUACCAGUAA